AUGGCACAAUGCAUCGAAAGAAGCCGGAAAGUGGCCAAUGCGGUGCGAUUCGCUGCCAGAUCAAGUUAUGACAGUCGUCAAGACGAAGUACGGGAUCGUUCUAAGACUGUGUCUCCAUCAAGCGCCACUAAAACUGAGAAGCCAGGACAGCUCGAUGGAAAUAGAGAAAUAAAAGCUUGCUCUUUUUGCAAGAAAGAAGGGCAUUACAGAAGAGAUUGCUGGAAAGCUCGCGGGGAUCGAAACACACAAUCUCAAAAGGUACAAUCCGUACAAUCCCCGCCACCUAGCACUGCUAGUCUUCCAAAUCCAAAUAGCGUCCCUAAGAAGCAAAGGAAGGAGAGCAGCGAAACCAAACAUACCAUCGCCACAGUGAAUCUCCUGGGCAUGUCAAAGCUAGCGCUACUGGACAAUGGAUCUCAAAUUAGUAUUAUGCCACUCAGGGUACUAAAUGAGGCGCAAGAAGCAGGAGUUUGA